UUUCUGGUGUCUUUUUUUCGUUUUUUUUUUUUACAGUGAGCACCCCUAAUUUACCUGAUUUUUGUAUCGCUGUCAAUCACACCCAAUGGAAUCCAAUCAGAAAGCAAGCGGGGAUGGACUGGCGGGGACGCAGAAGGAGACGGCACUGCGGGCGCUCAUGCAGCGCACAGGAUACCAACUGCUGCAGGAGAAUGGUCAGAGGCGGUACGGUGGCCCACCACCAAGCUGGGAUGGGCCACCGCCAGAGAGAGGCAGUGAGAUCUUUGUGGGGAAACUACCCAGAGAUUUGUUUGAAGAUGAACUGGUCCCACUGUGUGAGAAGUUCGGUAAGAUCUACGAGGUGAGGAUGAUGAUGGACUUUAACGGGAACAACAGAGGUUACGCCUUUGUCACUUUCAGCACCAAACUGGAGGCGAAAGCAGCCAUGAAGCAGCUCAACAACUAUGAGAUCAGAAAUGGCCGCCUGCUCGGAGUCUGUGCCAGUGUGGAUAACUGUCGUCUGUUUGUGGGCGGUAUUCCUAAAACUAAGAAGCGAGAGGAGAUCUUGUCUGAGAUGAAGAAGGUUACUGACGGGGUCAUGGAUGUCAUCGUGUACCCCAGCGCCGCUGACAAAUCCAAAAACCGAGGCUUCGCCUUUGUCGAGUACGAGAGCCACAGAGCGGCCGCCAUGGCCCGUCGCAAACUUCUACCAGGUCGUAUUCAGCUGUGGGGUCAUGCAAUAGCCGUGGACUGGGCAGAGCCUGAGGUGGAGGUGGACGAGGAUACCAUGGCAACCGUCAAGAUACUGUAUGUCAGGAACCUGAUGCUGCAGACCACCGAGGAGACCAUCGAAAAGGAGUUUAACAACAUCAGACCAGGCGCUGUGGAGCGAGUGAAGAAGAUCCGAGACUAUGCCUUCGUCCAUUUCACUCAGAGAGAAGACGCCAUCAACGCCAUGAACGCCCUCAACGGAAAGUUGGUGGACGGCUCACCUAUCGAAGUGACUCUGGCCAAGCCGGUGGACAAAGACAGUUACGUCCGAUACACCAGAGGGACCGGGGGACGGGGAGGGUCUCUGCUGCAGACCGACUACGCUGCCUACACGCUGGGACAGGUAGGACCCCUGAAUGUACAUCAUACCGCGAACCACGACACCAUGCAAGUUCAGGUGUACGACCCCUCAGCGGCGUAUCUCGGUGCGCCUGUCUUUUACGCCCCCCAGGCCUACGCUGCUUUACCGGGGCAGUUCCGCUUCCCGCCGGCGGCGGCCGCCGCCAAAGCUCACAUAGGAGGUCGAGGCCUGAUGAGGACGCCAUCUGUCAGAGAAAUUUACAUGACUGUACCUGUAGGGGCUGCCGGGGUGCGGGGGCUGGGUGGGCGGGGCUACCUGGCCUACGCUUCCGGGGUCGGAGCGGUGGGUCGAGGUGGGAGCGGUGGCGCCUCCUACGGCCUGAAGGGGGACAAGCAGGCGGAGGAGAAGCUGUACGACCUGCUGCCCGGGAUGGAGCUGACCCCGAUGAACCCUGCUGCCAUGAGCCUGAAGGCCGCCGCCAUCAAACCUGCACCACAGGUUCUGGAGGAGUUGUGUCAGAAGAGUAACUGGGGUCAACCCGUCUAUCAGCUGCACUCUGCCAUCGGCCCGGACCAGAGACAACUGUUCCUCUAUAAGAUCACCAUACCUGCUCUGGCGACUCAGUACCCCAACGUCCAUCCCUUCACCCCUGCUAAGCUGUGUGCGGCUGUCGAGGAAGCUAAAGUGCACGCCGCUGAGCACACGCUGCAGACACUCGGCCUGCAGACAGAGAGCGCCGCGGACGCUACUGCUGCCGCUGUGGCCUCAGUAGCCUUCCAAGGUAUGUGAAGGCUACACUCUGGCGAGCCCAGCGUCGUCUGCAGUUGCCUCCCAGCUGAAGCAAGCCGUGUCUCUGGGUCAGGACCUGACAGCCUACACCACCUACGAAGGAUACCCCGCCUUCGCUGUGGCCACGCGCCACUCUGACGGGUACGGCGUUUUCUAGGACAGCCAACACAAAAAACCAGGAGGCACAUUCACACUAAACUGCUUAUUUCCAUUUAAAAGUGUUCAUUUUCUGAUUGGUAAAAAAAAGAAUGAGCCUGAUGAUGAUGAAAGUUAGAAGUUAUUUCUUUAAAAGCAGAAACAGUUUAAUGUGAAUGCUCCUCCAUGCUGCUGGUUGCUCGGUGUCUGCAGGACGACUGAGGACUUAAAUUUCGUCACACUUAAAAAAAAUAAAAGCUGCCUGAAAAGGUCUUGGACACAUCAGUCGCCCCACAAUAAAUUCCUGUCACGUUUUCCUCUCCUCGUAUUAUCUGUCUCUGCUCUUCUUCUUCUGUUUGAAUUGAAUUUCUGUGAUUUUUUCUGUGAUCGUUAAAGUCCCAUCCUGUGAUUGGCUUAAGUUUUGAACUCAUGUUUAAAUCAUAUUUUUAAGAAUUUUCUGGUAUUUUUCAUGAUCCUAGUUGUUUUUUAAAGGAUGCUCAUGACCUAAAUCGACUGAAUAGAUUGAUUUAUUUUAUCCUUUUUGUUAAUUUCUCUGUCUUAUCUCUAUAGUUGUUUUUCAAAUGUCUUACAGCUGCAUGUAAGUUCUGCACCGCUGUGUAUUUUUGACUUUUUAGCAGAAGUUCAAGCAGCCAGUGAAAUCUUGAAAAGGACAAAACGACGGAAACCUUUUGGUCACUGAAGCUUUCUGGAUUUUUUAGUUCUUCAAACUUUGAAUACAGUUUGUUCCUGUUAACCUUUCAAAAUCACAAUCCGCCUUUUUCAAGCGACAAACACGAUGCUAUGUAUUAGCUGCUCUUCCUAGCAGUGAAAGCGGGGGGGGGGGGGGGGGGGGGCGAGCUGUGUUGUGCACAUGAUAAAAGCAGAAAUGUGUGCAGAAAACUGUCCCAUCAGACUUGAUAUUUGUUUCUUCUUCAUGUUUCUUUGAGUGUUUCUGGAGAGUUUUACAGUCGACGCCACACGCUGACAUCCGAGCUGUGAACACGCCGAAGCAGAGACAGUAUUAAAGUGUGAGAAGCACUUAGAACUUAUUUUUAUACCACUGAGAUAUCCAUGAGCUAUUUGUAUAGAGAUAUUUUUCAAUCUCCUUACCUCCAUAAUUGACCUGGAAACAAGAAAUGUGUGAACCUGAAUCAACUCAACUCUUUGUUGAGCAGAGUGGAUUGUGGUAUUCUGGAGGGGUUUCAUAUCUUAAAGGAAACUGUUGAAAUAAAGUGUGAUGGUUCAUAAUCUGUAAUGAUCUGUAAUCUUUCCCAAAUAAAGAAACAAUCUCAACUCUUAUGA